AUGGAUACCACGGUGCGAGACUGGGAGGAGACUCAGGUAGUCGACCCCAUCACUCUCGACUGCCAGGACAUUGCGACAAUCCCGUACGAUGACCGACAGGUCGUCGCCUCCAUCGAAGAGGCUCUUCAUGAUGCCCUGGAUCGUUCCGAGAACGGCUUGCGAGUCCCCGCAGGGUACAACCUGCUUGGAGGCAUCGCGCAAUUUCAGCUUAACCUCGCGGCAUCCAAGAACUGGAACUUUCAAUCCGAGUGGCACAGUGCGCUUCAUUUUGUCAAAGGUGAGGCUUACAUCAACUACCAGACAAUGGAGCACUGGAGAGCACUUGCCUUAUCCGCAUAA